AUGAAGUUUCAGUUUUGUUCACUUGCUUACAGGAAAGCGAUGCUAAAACAACAGGGUACAUUGAGGAAGGUUAAACUAAUUAGCGAAAAAAGAAGAACCGAAAUAUGGGGAAAAUUUCUGACGCAGCAAGGUGAAUACACGGAUUGGUAUUGUAUUAUCCGGAAAAACUGUAUAUUAAUACGCCAGAUUUAUUACAAAUCACCGAUAUUAUAUUCUUGUGGAUUUCGCAGUAGCUGUACUAUUAUCGAUGUUUGCAGUCUGCCAUUUCGAGACGGAAGUUUGGGUGUGGUAGUGGCGGUGAACGAUGAACAAAAUGAGGAAUAUUUCUUGGCGUAUUAUAGUGUCAAGAUGAGUAGAAUUGUUAAGAAAAUAUUAAUACGCACAAAGAUCACUAAAGUUGUGACAAUUUUGGAUGCGACAAAGAAGAGUGAAAUUGAAUGUUUGCAUGAAAAUUUAAGGAGUUUUCCACACCUUGUAGCAGUUGGCACCAGUGGUGGUGACUGUUUUUUGGUACAUUUUGGGAUCGAUGUACCAAACAUAACUGAUCCAGAACUGAGAAAACCACCCUUUUCUAGUAAUUUGUGUAAAUCUUAUAUUUCUGAUGGACGAUUUAAUUUUGUGGCUAAUAACGGUACAGUAUAUCCUGUUAAUGUUGAUGAAAUACACGUCACAGCAAUAACUUACUUAGAACGGUGCAAAACAGUUGUCAUUGGCUUUUCUUGUGGUGCCUUCAUUACCGUCAAUCUUCUUAACGGCAAUGAUGCAUCCUAUUAUUAUUCGUCUUCUCCAGUUUACGGUUUUUCAUGCCAAGAACCAAUGGAUGAUCCGCGUCCUGUAUUAUAUCUCUGGGUUGCUUAUUCUAAAGGAAAACAGAAAAAUCCGCACGUGAUAUUGCUUGUGAUUAAUUUUCCAAAUGAUGAAGGACAUCCUCCUAAUGAAUGGACUCUCAAUGAUUUAAUAAUUAUUAAUUACCUUACGUGGAGUCCGGAAAAAUGCACUGAAUGGGUUUCUUUCCGAACUGUUGUUUCUUCUUCUUCUAGAGAACAUGCCGCAAAGAAUGGCAUUUCAGAACGAUUAUUGAAUAUCGAAGAAUCAUAUCUACGUGUACAUGUGACUGAUACUUCUCGCUUGCUGAUGACUUGGCGAACUACUAAAAAUACUAUAGAGGGUGCACUUUUUGAUUUGAACGCCUUCUAUUACAAACGUUUGCCACGACAAGUCAUUUUUGCGGAAUCAUUCCUGAACCUUAACCCUUUCCUGUCAUUGUUUACAUUACCGGUUAACAAUGACCAACAUACCUGUCUUGACUGCUUAGUAAAUUAUUCCGGUGUCUGGCAACACCGAAGUCCGUAUAGCGAAACAAAUGAUUUUUUUAUAUUUGCACCAUCAUAUACAUUCGAAAUCAUCGCAUUCAACGGGAACCGCGAAUUUACAAUAUUCAUACCAUCCAUACAGAAAGUUGUAUUAAAAUGGCUGGAUCAAAAUUUCGAUGAUGCAAUUGGACAGAAGUCUGAUCUUGCAUGCGCAUAUUUAAAUGCAGUUGGCCUUGCAAAAACACCUGCUGAUAUUUCCGAGAGCAGUCAAAUAUCGACGGCGCCGCUAGAAAAUGAAUCAAUAAUCAUCUCAUCACUGCUGUUCAACAGUGAAAUCAAUGAUACACUCAAAAAACAUAUUACCUCAUGCCCAAGCUAUGAUACCAUCCAUCAGAUCGCUUCGCUUAUAUGGAAAGAAGUUGUUAAUGCAAAACAGAAAUUCGAUGAACUUUCUGAGCCAUGGUUUGAUCGUAUUCCACGUGCGUUAUCAGCUGCAGAUAUGUGUUGGUUGCGAAACAGUGCAGCAGUUUUUCAUUGUGCUGCGGAGCUGUUUGCUGAAAUUUCGAAAAGAGUACCAUCAGAGAAGAUUGCAGAUGCAACUACUUCAAAUUAUAGUAUGAUGGCAUCUAGAAAUUUGGUUUUUUAUACGAAUAUCGUGUUUCUUUUUCAUCAUGGUGGAUUACUUCCAGUAAAAAAUUAUACUGCUCUUAAUGCUCGUAUGAAAGCAAAAGUGGAUGAACGUAAGGAACGUUUGGCUCCCGGCAGUAAACUAUAUAUAAUAAAAUUGCUAGAAGAAAUGCAAAGUGCUUGUCCUAACGAAAUUUUCUGGUGUGGUCUCACUGCUGAUGAAUGGUAUCCACCGAAUUCAAUUGGUGCCUUGCUUUCGGCUACACUUGCGAUAAAAAUAACUGAAACAUCAAAACAUAAGCUAAUUGGAUAUUUUCUGCUUGAUUAUGAUGAUCUUAUGGGAAAGAAGCCGAAAGUUUUUGAUCGUUUCAAAUGGCUUUUUCCAUAUAGGAAUCAAGCAAUAUGUAAUCAAAUAGAAACAAACUGGAGAAACGAUUGUAGAUUAGAGGAACCGGUUAGCAAAUGUGGAAAAAGCGGGAUUACUGAUACAAAAACAGAAGAACCUGUUUGUGAAGUUCAACGACUUAUGAAACGUUUGCUUCUAAACAGAAAAGAAAUCGAAUUGAUAAAAGAAAACCUGUUAAAAAAGCCUGACGGGAUUCGUGAAUGGAAUCGUUUUUGUUUAAGGCGCAAAAUGUUCGAUCGUCUUUUACCUCCAAAAAAACCAAAGAACGGAAUUUUAGUAGAUCGUUGUGAUCGAUGGACAGCAAAGAUUUUGGAAGACUUCCCUGUAAUUCAGGCGGAUGGUAUUUUUUCGCGUGAUGUUCUUCCGAUAUUACAAAAUUCAGAUUGUAGUGGAAAAAUGAUGAGGGAUACUUCAUCCAAACAACGCCCAGCUGUACAUCCAUAUCUAUUACCUGCUAUGAGCCAAUGUGAAACAACACAGAUACCACGAGAUAUGCAUAAUCUACCUAACUUCCCGACAAGUCCCGUAUGCGACCGACGUGUUUCAAAUUACGAAAGAAUUUUGCCUAAAGAGGAUCUUGAAAAUGUUCAUCGCUUGUUACAAACACCCACGCCGCGACGUCGCCGCAUAGCUGGAAUACACGCAGAAGAUUCAUUUACAUCACCGACAGCUGAUCUGUUCUCUCGGGCGCCGUUACCAGCCUCUAUUUUGAAAACUCGGAAAGAGCGACGGCAUGAGAAUACAUCAGCUGAUGUAACAGAGUCGCAGUUUAAAAGUCUUCGCUUCGACCUUCCAAAUUCGUUCGUGUCUAAUUGUGAUAGCAUUAUUUCAAGUAUCAGUCAAUUGAAAGAACAAGAAUGUAAAGUUGGUCCUCUCAAAACGAAUUAUGCCUAUGCAUUAGAUGCUCCAAAUCCGGAUGGAUUGGAAUUUACGGACAUGAACAAAAAGAAACACUUGGAGCUACAGGAUGAACUGGAAAUUUUGAUGAAAAAGGAUGAAAAAACUGAAUCUAUCAGUACUACAAAUCAAGAAGGUCCAUAUAAGAUAUCGAUUGAGGAGCAGAGUGAUUCGGAUGUUGUGGAAGAUCAGGAGAGAAUAAUGAAGCACUGUUUUGAAGAACAAGAAGAAAUGAACGGUUUACACGAUAAAACUGAGCCAUCUGUUAUGAUCAAUGAAAAUUCCCUAAUUCGGGAAAGUUGUACAGCUCCAGUAUCUGUGAGUUAUGAAGAACAAGAAGAUCCAGACAUUCCCUUGGAUGAAGAUGCUCAUAAUAUCAGUUCUGAUGUAUGUGUAGAGGAUAAACAAAGUAUAUAUAGCGUUGGUAGCCUUCCUGAAAGUACUUCAGUAUUAACUACCAAAAUCUCCAGACAUUCUACUAUCUUCGGAAUUAAAAUAUCAUCAAAACCACCGAAAAAGCGACCAGAUUCUUUAACUGAUGAAAUAGCAGCCGAAUGGGAAAGUAACAUCGCAUCAAGUAACGAUGAUAACAUCGGGUCAAGUGAAUCGUUGCAGAAAAAGAUUUCGUACGAGCAAGAGGAUGAAACUGAUAACGUCGCGUCAAAUGAAGCGUUGCAGAAAAAGAUUUCGUACGAGCAAGAGGAUGAAACUGAUAACGUCGCGUCAAAUGAAGCGUUGCAGAAAAAGAUUUCGUACGAGCAAGAGGAUGAAAAUGAUAACGUCGCGUCAAAUGAAGCGUUGCAGAAAAAGAUUUCGUACGAGCAAGAGGAUGAAACUGAUAACGUCGCGUCAAAUGAAGCGUUGCAGAAAAAGAUUUCGUACGAGCAAGAGGAUGAAAAUGAUCCAACAUCCACGGAAAUCGAAAAAGCUAUUGUUUGUGAUCCUGAAACGAAUUUAGCGAGUACAUGGGGAAAAUUAGAGGGACAGGAAGAAGUGAAAGUUGAAUUUUCUGAAUCAGUAAAUCUUUCUCCUAGAACACCCGGACUGAAGCAAGAGGAUGCUGUUGGACAAGCAGUUCGGACUUUUUUCAGCGAUUCAUUUCAUUUGUCGGAUUCUGAUAGUGAAAUAUCCACUUCAUCGCAUCGAAUGCUUACUCGUUCUGCAGCUAAAGCUAAACUGGUAUCGCUAUCACCGGAAGUUCAGCCAACAUUAAGGAAACGUUUGGAAAGCGGUUCAAGUUUAACGCAUAGUCGGGAAACAACACCAAAAAGUUUAACUCGAGCUACAUCUUCGGCCAAAAGAACUGAGAAAACACGACGAAAACGCCUAAAAAGUAGAACAAAUUCACCGUGUAAUCCAGAAACAACACCGAAACGUUUAACUCGAGCUACAUAUUCAUCUAAAAGUCCACCCAAGACUGAGGAAAUACGCCGAAAACGUUCAGAAAGCAGGACAAGUUCAACACAUAGCCGUGAAGUGACACCACAACGGUCAGCUCGACCUAUAUCAGCCAAAAACUCUCCUACAAGGAAAUCGCUUCGCCGUAGUCGAACACAAUCAGAACAGAUUGAAGCUAAAGAGACAAUUCCAGAUGUGACUCCAAAAGCUUCACCAAAUCGACGGAGACGAGCUGCAUCAGAAGAGUCCCAGUUAAACAAAACUUCGACUCCAUCUCAUCCUAUGUUGACUCGCUCUGCCAAAAAAGCAAAAAGUGAAAAUGGAUCACCUCCAAAACAAAAAACUAUAUCAGGAUUUGAACCAAGUUUAGCGAAAAUUGACGAAGUGCCAAAGAAAGGUUACUUACGUGUCGGACGAAAGACUGUUGCACAGGUUUUGAAAGAGAAGAUUAAAUAA